AUGGCAUUGUCUUCACAAAUCCACAACGUCUCUGUUUUCUCAGCAAGCAAAACUACAGAAAAUGGCCAUGGAAGAAGGAUAGGAAGAAUGUUUGUUAAGAUGGCAGCAUCAACAUCAGAAAUGGCAGCUGCCUUUGAAGAGGGACAGCUAGAAAGGCCUAAGUGGUCAGGACAGACACCUCUCUCUCGUCUUGUUGGAACUCUUAUUGCUUUUAAGCCUCUCUCCUCUGUUCUCAAACUUGGUGCCAGACAAGUCCUUAUCAGCACCGCUGAGAAGGGGAACAUUCCAUGGAGAGAAAUGACACAGGAGAUUCUGGAAUCAGAUGUCUAUAAGGAGUUGGAGAGCAUUCAAAACCCCUCACUUGUUUAUCCAGAUUAUUACCUAAAUCCUUUCCAUGCUUACGACGAGGGAAAUCUUUCAUGGCUGGCUGCAGCUGAAGCUGAAGCUGCAACCAUGUCAAUGGUGAGGCGAGCAAUACCUAAUGCUUCUACAGUAGAGGAAGCAAAUCAAAUAGUGCGUGGAAAUUGGCUUCAGGCAAUUGAACAACAUCAUCUACAGUACUCUGGGAAUUCCAUGAUACGAGACAUUCUAGAUAUUGGAUGCUCUGUAGGUGUCAGCACAAGAUUUCUAGCUGACAAGUUUCCUUCUGCAAAUGUCACUGGGCUAGAUCUGUCACCUUACUUCCUUUCUGUAGCUCAAUUCAAGGAAAAGAAGAUCGGUCCACGAAAGACUUCUAUUAAAUGGAUGCAUGCAAAUGCAGAAGACACAGGCUUUCCACCCCAAUCAUUCGAUCUCGUUUCCAUUUCAUAUAUGUUUCAUGAAUGUCCUGAAAGAGCAAUAGUUAACGUACUGAAGGAAGCAUUCAGGCUACUUCGUCCCAGAGGCACAAUUGUUGUGUCGGAUCAAUCGCCAAAGUCAAAGAUCCUUCAGGAAAUGUCACCAGUUCUGUUUACAUUAUUGAAGAGCACUGAACCAUUUCUAGAUGAAUACCAUCUGACUGAUCUAGAAGGAAGAAUGAAGGAAGCUGGCUUUGUAAAUGUGCAAACAAGUCUUACAGAUCCAAGACACAGGACCUCGACUGCGAUGGUGCCUUGUUAA